AUAAACCACAUCUCUCGUCGUGGGAGUGAACACCAAUUGGAGAGAGACAGACGGAGUGAGAAGAGCAGACAGACAGGGAGAGAGCGAGAGAGAGGAGACGGAGGAGGGGAAGCCGCGGUGGUGGCAGGCUAACAGGGGCUCGCGGAGGGGGAACAGCUGGUGCCCCUGCAUGUGUCUCCGUCUGUCUAUCUCGGCGUGCACAUGGAUGACCACCUCAGUCUCCUUCAAUCCCCACCGUCUUCCAUUACCAAGACCCACCAGGACCACGCCGACCUCCGAGACCGCGACACCCUCGUAAACCACGGCUACACAGAGUCAGACAUCGAUGUGAUGACGGUGGUGGUGUGCGGCGGAGACAACAUGUUGGAGGAGUUGGUGACUCUACCAGGUCACCACUCUCUGGACCGGUACGAACGGAAUCAACCGGACCACGAGUGCUGUGAGCGCGUAGUCGUCAACAUCUCUGGGCUGCGCUUCGAGACUCAACUGAAGACCCUCUCCCAGUUCCCUGAGACUCUGCUGGGGGACCCCAAGAGACCCUUUACCAGACUACGGUACUUUGACCCUCUGAGGAACGAGUAUUUCUUCGACAGGAACCGGCCCAGCUUCGACGCCAUCCUCUACUACUACCAGUCAGGCGGGCGUAUCAGGAGACCUGUCAACGUGCCCAUAGACAUCUUCUCUGAGGAGAUCCGCUUCUACGAGCUGGGAGAAGAGGCCAUGGAGAAGUUCAGAGAGGAUGAGGGUUUUAUUAAAGAAGAGGAGAGACCACUGCCUGAAAAUGAGCUGCAGAGGCAGGUGUGGUUGCUGUUUGAGUACCCUGAGAGCAGUGGUCCGGCUCGGGGGAUAGCCAUCGUAUCCGUGCUCGUCAUCCUCAUCUCCAUCGUCAUCUUCUGCCUGGAGACGUUACCGGAGUUCAGGGAGGAUCACAAGGAGCCCGUCCCUCUGGCUCCCGUUAUUAAUGGCACUGAGCCGUACUUCUCCUCUCCGUUCUCCGACCCGUUCUUCGUGGUGGAGACGCUGUGCAUCAUCUGGUUCUCCUUCGAGCUGCUGGUCCGGUUCUUCGCCUGUCCCUCCAAGGCCACCUUCUCUAGGAACAUCAUGAACAUUAUAGAUAUCGUUGCUAUCAUACCCUACUUCAUUACGCUGGGCACGGAAUUGGCAGAGCAGCAGGGGAACGGGCAGCAAGCCAUGUCCCUCGCCAUCCUCAGGGUCAUCAGGCUGGUCAGGGUGUUCAGGAUCUUCAAGCUGUCCAGACACUCCAAGGGGCUCCAGAUCCUGGGCCAGACCCUGAAGGCCAGCAUGCGGGAGCUGGGUCUGCUCAUCUUCUUCCUCUUCAUCGGAGUCAUCCUCUUCUCCAGUGCCGUCUACUUCGCCGAAGCCGACGACCCAGACUCCAGCUUUAGCUCCAUCCCUGAUGCCUUCUGGUGGGCCGUGGUCACCAUGACUACUGUCGGCUAUGGAGACAUGCACCCGAUAACCAUUGGCGGGAAGAUCGUGGGCUCUCUCUGCGCCAUCGCUGGCGUGCUGACCAUCGCCCUGCCCGUCCCCGUCAUCGUGUCCAACUUCAACUACUUCUACCACCGGGAGACGGAGGGCGAGGAGCAAGCGCAGUACCUCCACGUGGGCAGCUGUCAGCCGCUGGCGGCCGAGACGGAGGAGGAUGGGGAGGUGAGGAAGAGGAGCAGCUCUUCGUCGCUCAGUAAGAGUGAGUACCUGGUGAUAGAGGAACACAGAGGAAUGAACAGCAGCACCUUCAAACAGCAGCAGAACUUUCCCACGGCAACCACCGCUACCACGACGACAACCGUGACACAAAACAACACGGUGAACAGCGUCAGCAACAACAAGAAAAUGUUCACUGACGUGUAGUCUAUGGGCGUCAUAACGGACUCAUGGAUUAAUGCUUUAACAGAUGUGGUUGAAUGAGGAGAGACACAUCACCACCAUGAACCUCUAGCCGGCCAUAUCUAAUGGGGAUAUAUACACUACAUGACCAAAAGUAUGUGGACACCUGCUUGUUCAACAUCUCAUCCCAAAAUCAUGGGGAUUAAAUAUGGAGUUGGUCCCCCGUUUUGCUGCUAUUACACAGCCUCCAUUCUUCUGGGAAGGCA